AGGUGGGGGCAAAAGGCUCCAGCUGGGUCUGGACAGACAGAGGAGGCUGGGCCUCUGCCUGCAGUGGUCACUGUUCCUCAGUCUCAGCCAUCACCAUGAGUGGCCGAGUCGGAGACCUGAGCCCCAAGCAGGCAGAGACCCUGGCCAAGUUCCGAGAAAAUGUCCAGGACGUGCUGCCCGCCCUGCCAAACCCUGAUGAUUAUUUCCUUCUCCGUUGGCUCCGAGCUCGGAACUUUGACCUGCAGAAAUCGGAGGCCAUGCUCCGUAAGUACAUGGAGUUCCGGAAGACCAUGGACAUUGACCACAUCUUUGAUUGGCAGCCCCCAGAGGUGAUCCAGAAGUACAUGCCUGGUGGCCUGUGUGGCUAUGACCGUGACGGAUGCCCCGUAUGGUAUGACAUCAUCGGGCCACUGGACCCCAAAGGGUUGCUUUUCUCAGUCACCAAGCAGGACCUGUUGAAGACCAAGAUGAGGGACUGUGAGCGUAUCCUGCAUGAAUGUGACCUGCAGACAGAGCGGCUGGGGAGGAAGAUUGAAACCAUCGUGAUGAUAUUUGACUGCGAGGGUCUGGGACUGAAGCACUUCUGGAAACCUCUGGUGGAAGUGUACCAGGAGUUCUUUGCCCUCCUUGAAGCGAACUAUCCAGAGACCCUGAAGUACAUGCUCAUUGUGAAAGCCACCAAACUGUUCCCUGUGGGCUACAACCUCAUGAAGCCAUUCCUGAGUGAGGACACGCGGAGGAAAAUUGUGGUGUUGGGAAACAGCUGGAAGGAAGGUUUGCUGAAACUCAUCAGUCCUGAGGAACUGCCUGCUCAUUUUGGGGGAACUCUGACUGACCCAGAUGGGAACCCCAAAUGUGUGACCAAGAUCAACUAUGGUGGGGAGAUCCCCAAGUCCAUGUACGUGCGGGACCAGGUGAAGACUCAGUAUGAGCACUCAGUGCAGAUCAGCCGUGGCUCCUCACACCAGGUGGAAUAUGAGAUCCUGUUUCCAGGCUGUGUCCUCAGGUGGCAGUUCUCAUCUGAUGGUGCAGACAUUGGCUUCGGAAUUUUCCUCAAGACCAAGAUGGGAGAGAGGCAGAAAGCCGGGGAGAUGACUGAGGUGCUAACCAGUCAGCGCUACAAUGCCCACAUGGUACCUGAGGACGGGAGCCUCACCUGUGCAGAGGCUGGUGUCUAUGUCCUGCGCUUUGACAAUACCUACAGCUUCGUCCACGCCAAGAAGGUCAGCUUCACAGUUGAAGUGCUUCUCCCAGACGAGGGCAUGCAGAAAUAUGAUGAGGAGCUCACCCCUGUCUAGGCGGGUCCUCCACUUCUCAGAGACCCCGAACCUCAGUUUUCUUUCUACUCCCCGUUUCAUUCCUAAAAUCGAUCAUUAGUCCGGCUGACUAUGUGACACCAGUGAGUAGAGAAAGAGAUAGUGAGGAGAAGAUUUAUCUGCUGUAAUCAAAUUUUAAAAGUAUGAAAGGUUGGAGGGUGUAAAGGUUGCAAAAGAGAAAGAAGCAAGAAGGAGGAUGAGAUGUGGGUGUCACUGAGGCCCAAGAAUAGGGAAAUGACUCUGCUUGACCUCAUCUACCCUAAGACAUUUAUGCUUGGCUCCCUCCCUGUGAGCUGCGAGCAACUUGAGCUGAAGAUUAGAUGAAUCCCUUUUACUUCCACUCACUAUAUAGUAGAUGAUAAGUGUAUUCCUGUAAGUUAAACAGAGGACCAGAAGGCAGGGAGCACAUGGCUCACAGGAGCCAUAAGGAAGAAACCAGACCGCAGAUUUCAGCACCCCGGACAGAGCCACACUUGGUGAAGACCCAGGCCUUCCAACCUAACAGCGGUUUGUCCCUUUGGGAGUUUCAGACACAAAAGCUCCACACCUCUGGCAGGAGGCACCUGCUCCUGACUUUGUCUGACCCAUCAUUCCCAUAAAUACCUCCUUCCUUUUGAGCUCACAGCUCACAUUUUAAGCAAUUAAAAUAAUUUUCCCCGAAGCAAAAGAAGUCACAUCCUACUCUCUCGGCUGCUGGGCAAAACAGUAACAGCAGCUGUUGUUUGGUGAGGAUCGAUCGUCUCUGUUCAAAGAGCUUUACAAGUUUAGCUCAUGCCGUCUUCACACCACCCCAAUACACCUGAUUAAAGCUGCUUUAUGAAUGAAGAAACUGGGCUCAGAGAGGCUAAACUAGCCACUCAAUGUCACAUAGUCUUAAGCGGCAAAUCUAGGGCCUGAGUUUUUUUGUUCUUUAUUUAGUCAGAAGGCAUUGCUCUAAAGUGCACCAUGAUGCCCCCUCAAAAGGCCCUGCUCUGACAAGGAGAUAAGGAAUGGAUUGAUUGUCCUGCAUGUUUCAGCAGAGCGUACUGGGUAUCCCAGCCCUCCAGUCCCUUUUUUAUAGACUUCCUGCCCCAUGCAUGAUACAUAGACACUGGCUUGAAUCCCUGGCUCCUGACACAGAUCUUGCCAAGAAAUGAUCAGUCCAGAUGAUGAGAAUGGGCCAGAACCCAGGGGCCCUGCUGGUACCAGGAGAUGCACCGUGGGAAUUGGCUGAACGCUGAGUGUGAAGCCUGACUCUCGCCAAACCAUUGUUAUUCUGUGGAGGGGAGCAGAGUCGUGCACACACUUAAGGGCACAGGCUCUUACACCCAUCUUCUAGAUGGGAACCGUCUUAGGGUUUCCAUUGCUAUGAUGAAACACCAUGACCAAAAGCAACUUGGGGGAAAAAAGGGUUUAUUUCAC